UUUCCUUCUUUAAAUGAUUUUUUAUAUUUUUUCAUGAAAAGAAAGCAAAGAGAAAAACAUAGGAUUUGGAGAAGAAGAAGAAGAUCCUCUCCUUCUCUCACUCAUUCCACAAACUCUCUCCGUCUCUUAACACAAAAAGAGCAGUUGUUUGAAACUUCAUAAGCUUGCCAAGCUUGUUUGUUAAGUCACUAGGUUGUUUUGUCUGGAUCUGUCAAAGAAAAACGGGAACUUCCACUUUCUUAGCUUGGAACUAACGAACUGAUGUACUUCUAGCAAAUGAAAGUAUGUUCUGUGGAUUGGAGCAGUUAAAGCUUGCACUGACUCUGAAAAUACCUCAAUUUCUUUUGACGGAAGCGUACCCACCAACAUAGACAUGAAUCACUUAACUGUUGAAACUGAAUAUACAUUUGCAAGCUUGCUUGAGCUUGCUGCUAACAAUGAUGUUGAGGGCUUUAAGCGAUCUAUUGAGCGCGAUCCUUCUUGUGUUGAUCAGAUUGGACUAUGGUAUGGCCGACAAAAGGGCUCUAAGCAGAUGGCUAAUGAAUACAGGACCCCGUUGAUGGUAGCUGCUACAUAUGGUAGCAUUGGUGUUAUAAAGGUGAUUCUCUCUCUCUCUGAUGCUGAUGUUAAUCGCUCUUGCGGUGCUGACAAGAGCACUGCCCUUCACUGUGCAGCCUCUGGUGGGGCUGUGAAUGCUGUUGAUGUCGUGAAACUGCUUUUAGCAGCAGGUGCUGAUGCUAAUGUGGUAGACGCCAAUGGUCAUCGUCCAAUUGAUGCUAUUGUUGUUCCGCCAAAGUUCCAAGAAGCGAGGUUGACUCUUGAAGAACUCCUUUCUGCUGAAGGAUAUGUUAUUGAGCACAAUCUAAGGGUUUCCAUGUCCAAUGCAAAUUCAAAUUCUCCACCUCUUUCACCUUCUCUGGAAGACAUGUCUCUUCUGUCAGGUUCAGAUUCCCCAAUGAAGUCAAAGCUGAAUGAAGCACCUGUUCCCUUUGUAUCAGAGAAGAAAGAAUAUCCUGUUGAUCCAUCUCUCCCAGAUAUCAAGAACAGCAUCUAUUCUACUGAUGAAUUCCGAAUGUAUUCUUUCAAGGUAAGGCCUUGUUCUCGUGCCUAUUCCCAUGAUUGGACGGAGUGCCCAUUUGUUCACCCUGGCGAAAAUGCUCGAAGAAGGGAUCCUAGAAAGUUUCAUUAUAGCUGCGUUCCAUGUCCUGAUUUCCGAAAAGGGGCUUGUAGACGUGGAGAUAUGUGUGAAUAUGCUCAUGGUGUUUUUGAGUGCUGGCUUCACCCUGCUCAAUAUAGAACCCGACUGUGCAAAGACGGUACAAAUUGUGCUAGGAGAGUUUGCUUUUUUGCUCACACCGUUGAGGAACUCCGCCCAUUAUAUGUUUCCACGGGUUCUGCUGUUCCCUCUCCUCGCUCUAGUACACCAGGUGCUACUGCCAUGGAUUUUGCUGCAGCCAUGAGCCUCUUGCCAGGCUCUCCUUCAGCAUCUGUCAUGUCUCCUCAACCAUUCUCUCCACCCAUGUCUCCAUCUGCCAAUGGCUUGUCCCAUUCUUCCAUGGCUUGGCUCCAACCAAAUGUCCCAGCUUUGCAUCUUCCUGGAAGCAAUCUCCAGUCCAGUCGCUUGAGAUCUUCCCUUAAUGCUAGAGACAUUCAAGCAGACUACAAUUUGCUUCCGGAUUUUGAUGUGCAGCAACAGCAGCUUCUUAGUGAAUUAUCCAGUCUCAGUCAACCAUCUUUGAGCAACAACUCCUUGAAUCGCUCUGGUCGAUUGAAAACCUUAGCCCCUUCAAAUCUUGACGUUCUAUUUUCUGCCGAGAGCUCAUCUCCUCAGUAUGCUGAUCAAGCAUUGGCUUCAGCAGUUUUCUCCCCAUCCCAUAAAUCUGCUGUUCUCAAUCAGUUCCAGCAGCAGCAAAGCAUGUUAUCACCAAUCAACACAAAUUUCUCUCCUAAAAAUGUCGAUCACCCUCUAUUGCAGGUGUCUUUUGCAUCAGGCAGGAUGUCACCUCGAAAUGUGGAACCUAUCUCGCCAAUGAGCUCUCGAGUGUCUAUGUUAGCUCAAAGAGAGAAGCAGCAACAGCAUUUGCAUAGCCUUGGGUCUCAGGAACUAGUCUCCAAUAAUGCUGCCAUUGUUGGAUCACCAGUUAACUCUUGGUCGAAAUGGGGUUCCUCUAAUGGGAAACCAGACUGGACUGUUAGUGCAGAUGAAUUUGGUAAGCUGCGUAGGUCAAAUUCCUUUGAGCUUGGUAAUGGAGAUGAGCCUGAUGUAUCCUGGGUUCAAUCUCUUGUUAAAGAAUCUCCAACUGAGAUGAAAGAAAAGUCAACAGUGCAUGUAUCCGAAAGCAUAACAGCGAGUGCUUCAUCAAGUGAGAGUUCAAAUAUAAACUCCCAUAUCGAACCUGUUGACCUUGACCAUGCAGUAGGGUCAUGGGUUGAGCAAUUGCACAUUGAUCAUCUUGUGGUUCAGCAAAACUAAAGGCAGUUUUAUGGAGCCCGGAGGUGGCUAACACAGUUGGUUUCGGUAAAUAAUUACAUUUUUUUUAUGAUUUUAGCUGUAGCCGGUGUUGAAGGUAACAGUAACGAAGAGGUGUUGAAGGUAACAGUAACGAAGAGGAGGGGAAGGGAGAAAGAAAGUCACUUCCUAUAAGGAAAUUCAUUUUCAGCAUUUUAUUAUCACAUCAGAAGUUAGAGAAGGUUGAGAUCGAUAACUCCUGGGAUAUAUAGUGAAAAAAAAAAAAACAAUGCCCGGGCUAGGGCCAGGGGGGGGUGUAUUUUUUCUUCUAUUAUUUUUCAAAUUUUUAUUUUUAUUGGUGUCAUUUGUUAACCUUUUCAAGAUGAGCAAUUUACAAUGUAAGAAAAUUUCCGGUUUA